AUGUACACCUGGGAUGCUAUUAAUUUAUGGCAAGACAUCCCGGCCAAAGGCACUGUGCCUUCUCCACGUCGAUCCCCAUGCAUGGUCUCAGCCUAUGGAGGUGCCAAGAUGAUCCUCUUUGGUGGGCUCACAGAGCAAUCUAACUCAGUUCUAAGCGAUAUUUACAUUCUGGAUACUGCAACCAUGACAUGGACAAAGGGCACGGAUGCAGGUCUCCUGAGUGCGCGUGCAGAGACUCACUGUGCAGUGAGCAACGAUUUUGUUUAUUUCCUGGGGUGGUGUGGCGUCAACACAAUCAUUAGUUCCAACCUGACUAUCAUUUACAACAUCAAAAAUAAUGUCUGGCAGUCUAAAUAUUCACCCACAGCUGAAGCUGACCCCUCUGCUCCUUCCGGGGGAAUCAAACCCACUUCUGGGACUGGAAAUUCUACAAAUCCCACAAAUCCCGAAAAUCCUGGAAAGUCUUCCAACAUGGGUGGCAUCAUCGGUGGUGUUGUUGGAGGAUUGGCCGUUAUUGCACUCGUCAUUGGAUUCUUUGUAUAUAGAAAACCGACAACAAGCGGAGAAGGCCAAGGUUCCGGUAUCUACAUCCACACCCAACAGCCAACCAAUGGUGGAAUGACAGGAGUAGGAGCUGCAGAAGGAGCCACAUCAUACCCCCCAGUAAAUCCUGCGUGGCAGAACCAGCACCCACAGCCUCAGCCUCAACCUCAACCUAUCGUCUAUUCUCAGGCACCAUAUACACCAUAUCAGCCACCUGUUAUCCAUGACUACCAGCAGCCGUCGCAGAUUCAACCACAAAUCUUCCAGCCCCAAUCACCACCAAGCCAACAACAUCAACAAGUUUAUGAGAACGCAUAUCAACAGCAGAACACCUAUGUCCCCCCUUCUUCAGGUACUGCGCCUGUGUACAGCCCUCAACCAGAGAUGUACCAGCAGCCUACGGUCUAUCAACCUGUAGGCAGCCCAGUCACGAAUGUCUCGCCGCCAUUUGAGCAUCAACAAUACCAACAGCAAAAGCCUGAAACACCCCCAGCCCUUUCCCGACCUCCACAGAAUCCUCAAUAUAUGACACCAGACAGCUAUAUGGAUGGUCCUCGUCGAAACCCCCAAGGCAUAUAAUAGGGUUCAUGAAAGCAGUUGUUCUUUACCAUCAGAAGCAAUGAGACAUUAUAACCUUUUCAUGCAUAUUAAACCCUGG